GCAAUUUUACUACCGGUUAUUGUCCACAUCGUACGACCAUAGCGUGAUAAGAAACAUCACCAUUUUUCUUCAAAGGAGACUCAAACAUGGGACAAGGUGUUUCUCGCACAGAUUACGAAUGGGUUUAUACAGAUGAACCCCAUGCAACUAGGCGAAAAGAGAUUAUGGCCAAAUAUCCCCAAGUAAAAAAGUUGAUGGGUUGUGACCCAAAUAUGAAGUACAAAGUUACUGCAUUGAUUCUCAUGCAGCUGAUUGCCUGCUACUUAGUUAAAGAUUCGUCAUUUUUAACUAUAUUCAUUGUCUCCUACUGUUUUGGCGGUGUUAUUAAUCACUCUCUCACUUUGGCAAUACACGAAAUUUCACAUAACCUUGCCUUUGGGCAUAGUAAACUACUAUGGAAUCGUUGGUUAGGAAUUUGGGCAAAUUUACCAUUAGGAAUACCCAUGUCAAUAUCCUUCAAAAAGUAUCACUUGGAACAUCAUAAAUAUCAAGGGGACGUUGAUAAGGAUAUGGAUGUUCCUCAUGAAUUAGAAGCUAAAUUAUUUACAACUACCUUAUUGAAAUUUGUAUGGCUGUUGCUACAGCCCGUCUUUUACGCUCUAAGGCCGUUGGUGGUGAAUCCUAAACCUGUAACAUUGCUUGAGAUAGCAAAUACUAUUAUUCAAGUCAUAUUUGACAUUAUUAUAGUCUACACAAUGGGCUGGAGAUCUCUAAUUUACCUUGCUUUUGGAACGUUCACUGCCAUGGGUCUUCAUCCGGUGGCGGGUCAUUUUAUUUCUGAACACUAUAUGUUUGUCAAGGGUUACGAAACGUACAGCUACUAUGGCAGAUUGAACUGGAUUACAUUUAAUGUGGGAUACCAUAACGAGCAUCAUGACUUUCCUAGUAUUCCAGGAUGUAACUUACCCAAGCUGAAAGAAAUGGUACCAGAAUAUUAUGACAAUUUACCUUGCCACAACUCCUGGUGCAAGGUUCUUUGGGAAUUUAUUUUCAAUCCUGAUAUAGGACCAUAUGCAAGAAUACGUAGACGUCGUAAAGAAAGACUUGAGAAUAUGAACGAAACACCUAAAAACGAAUAA